GGUACAGACGAGAAGCGCCCAGUGGCCUGAUGUACGAUUGGCAGAGAACGCAACGAAGGCCCUGGCAUCUCCUACUGCCAACCCCGAAGUCGAGGAGUUUCGCAAAUGGCGCAGCGAAAUUGAGAAAUCCCUGACCGAUAUUCACCUUAAGCUCGGCUACCUGCUUUCUGAGACCGAGGAAUUCCGCGCGAUGGAGGCGCAUUAUAAGAACCUCCAGGAGAGCACGCCGAUGGGCACUAAUCUGUCCAAUUCUUGCCACCGGCUUGAUCUUCAUCAGCAAACCAUUGUGGAGACUGUGCAAAAGUUGGAUACCACAAUGAAGCAGGUUGACGACCUCACGCGCGAAGUCACUCACUUGAGGGAUGGCUCUGAGGUCACUGUGUCGUUUAGAUCGUCGGGUCGCAAGUGAGUCCUUGGAAGAAUAUCUCUAGCAGAUCGGUACUAACAGUUUGGCAGGCAGUAGAUGAUGUCGUUCAUAA